AGUUCACUAAGAGUUUGUAUAUGGUGAACGCCGAGAAGGAGGAGAAAAUGCCCAAUACGCCCAAAGGUCGCAUACUAAUUAAAACACCAGUCAACACUAAUGAAAAACAAAAGCUAGCAUCUAACCUGUGCUACCAGAAUCCACUGUUCAAUGACCUUAGCCCGGUGUAUGGUUUUGGCAUCUGGCAUCAACACAGAAGAGAUAACAAUAUUGGACACCUC